AGCCACUCUUAAAGAAAAAACAAUUUGUCCUUGUCGGUCAUUAUUCACGCUCGUCGAAGUGGUCCUAUUUUUGUUUUGAAAGUUCUAAAUGUAAACUUUCCCUCCUCUGGACGUUUAAAGAUUUAUGGAUGUCAUACAGGAAUUUAAUAAAAAGAGAGAGCUUUAAAAGAUCAUCUUAAGACCUAGUGGCGCAAAUUGUAAGGAUGUAGGAGGAAGGACGCGAUCUAACUGAAUUAUCAGAUAGUUAAAGCCAAGGAGUCUUCUUAGCCAAUCUAACAAAUGAACACCAUACAUAAAGGAUGAAAGACCUAACUGACAGAGGACAACUGAGAGCAAUCAARCGUCACGCAGRAAAAACUACUUUASAGAAACCWCAUCAAAAYAKAUCAGACCAACAAUGAACUUCACAGAGAUGAACUCAACCAGCGGGAAAAACGCUACAGUGAGUGCAACUACAAGUGGUUCUAUUGCUGUUGCGAUAGUUCUGGGUCUCGCCAACAUAAUUUCCAUUUUCUUUGGCAGCUGGGGAAAUCUUCUUGUGGUUGUAGUUGUGAUUUGCAACCGUGGUCUUCACUCGAGUACAAACUUUUUCAUCGCUAGCCUUGCGUCUGCUGAUUUGCUUGUAACUUCMAUYUGYAUGCCMAUAUUUUUUGUWUAYAAYGUYAUAACCUGGCCAGUWUGGCACUUUGGCGGGACUGUAUGUAGAAUCAUCUCGUAUCUAGUCCAUACAUCAGUCAUGGCUUCAGCUUUGAGUCUGCUUGCAAUCUCAUACGACAGAUUUCUUUCCAUCUUUUUUCCAAUGAAACGAAUUGUUACUCCUACAAGAGCAAAAGGAGUGGUGGCUUUCAUCUGGUGCGUAUCGCCUUUUCUUCUAGUUCCCUCUCUUCUCCAUCAYGAUGUCGUCAAAAUGACAUACAAUCAACAGGACGCUUUGAUGUGCACCGAAACAUGGGACACAAAAGAACAGUUACAUAGCUAUCAACUUUAUCGCAUUGCCUGCUACUAUCUUUUCGUUUUACAAAUUUCUGUUCUUUACUUCAUAAUUGGUUGUAAGUUGUAUCGAAGAGAGCCACCAGGAGUUCAAACAUCACAAGGAAAAGCCAAGUUAAGUCAAGAUAAAAAGAAAAUUCUUCAAAUGCUCUUCUCAGUCGUGCUUCUUUUUGCCUUUUCAUGGCUGCCUUACAUUAUCAACAAGAUGUUGAACAUCUUUCCUCCGACAAACGACUUCAAGUCCCCGGACGUCUUUGUCUUUGUCGGGAAUUUUCUCGGRCUGCUUAACAGUGUUGCCAAUCCCAUUGUUUACGCCGUCCUAAAUAAAAAUUUCAGAAUCGCKUUCAGACAUGCAAUAAGAUGCCACUUCAGGUACGAGAGAGARGAAAGAAGACAUCAAAGUAUCAUCAGCUUGCGMAACACGACACAGACAAGGGAUCGAAAAAGAACCCUCAGYAACUCAUCUCGUUUUACUGGAAUCAUGGAUGCCAAGAGAAAGAAUUCMGUAUUYAGUACGGCGUCUAUUGAGUGGGCAACAUUACCAGGCACAGAGGAACCUCAAAUUCGAUGUCUUUCUUUUACAAAAAGCGAUGACKGCGAUUCCGACGUGUUCUCUCGGUCAAAUCCAAACCGUCGAUCAAUCACUAAACCUUUUCAUUCAAGUCAAAGGCGGGUAAGUUUUGGACCCGAGAUAUCAAACGGCGAAGUGGCGCUAGAACUACAAUGGGAAGCUACUCAUCCAAARAUAAACAGAACUAGCCAUAGAGGUAGCACUAAUAACGGAACAAAGCCGCGCUCUUCAACAUUAUCAAGUCUUGGUCCGAUUAAGGAACUGAACUCAAAUUUAUUUGACUUGGAAGAAGUUAAGGUGAACCAAGGCUUUGACUUUGAUAACUGAAGUUUUGUAACUACAGUGUAGUAUUGGGAUAGAGAACAGGUGGAGUGCUGGAAACGKUAGGAAUUUCCUGGCUUAAAAUUAAUCAAAUAUGCUGAGCUUUAUUCACGCAAGAACAGCCGACCACUCCUCAAAAUCCGAACUUAAUGAUAUUCUAAUUCACAAGGCAAAGGCUUUCAUCUAGCAGUACAAACUCAUUAAUUAGAACAGAAGGAACUAUAAAUGAGCGAUAACUCAUCAUUAGUUUUAGACAUGUGUAGCGAAUGACUAUAUGAAGAAUAAAAUAAUGUCCGGGAACA